AUGCGCAACAAGAGCAUUGCCUUUAUUGGGGACUCACUAGGGCAGCAGCAGUUCCAGUCGCUGCUCUGCCUGCUCUCCCCACACGGCCCGCCCAAAAACAUGUCCGACCCCUCAUCCCCCACCCAAGACGUCGGCACAGACUACGGUUUUUUUCAGCUGCCCGGAGCCCGCCGCCCGACCGGGCUGGCGUACCGAUUCGUUGCCUCCAACACUACAGUGAUCUUUCGCUGGACGACUUGCUUAUGCGAAAUCGAGCCGCUCAAUAAGGAGGACUGGACGCAGGGCCAGGCGAUGCACUUAGACCGGCCCGACACAUUCCUAAGAGACUUUCUUAGGGAACUAGACGUGGUGGUGUUAAACACGGGGCAUCACUGGAACCGCGGAAAGAUGAAAGAGAGCGCGCUGGAGUUUUAUCUCAAUGGGAGACCGGCACCGCCCGUGGAAGGUGAAGGCGAUGGGGAAGGAACAAUUGGUGGUGGGAGAGGGGGAGGGAGAGAGGGGGGGUUUGGGUUCGGUUAUGGAGUUUCCGGCUGUUGCGGCAGGGAGGGCGAGUGGGACUCGAGAGGGCGAUGUGACUACCUGAAGCAUCCCUUUGCAGACGCUGAGGUGGCCAAAAUGAUAACAAGGGAUGCUGAAAAGGAGGAUGGAGUGUUCGGAACAACGGUACACCUCCUGAACAUCACGCACCUGUCGGCGUACCGUGGUGACGCUCACCCGUCCAGCUGGGAUGCGCGGUUCAGUGCGCCCAAGGCACAACAGGACUGCCUGCACUGGUGCUUACCGGGUGUUCCAGACACAUGGAACGAGCUGCUGUACACUCACAUCAUGGAAAAGGGAUGA